AUGAGUUUCAAGUUUGACGAUAAUGGAGUGGUCAAAACGUUCCAUGGUAACACUAUAAUUUGCCAUAUACCGCAGCAGACUGAUUUCUUUAAUAGGUUAUUGGACUUUUACAGGUUCGCUAAACGACUAUCGUUCUAUGACAAGAUCACCCUGCUUCCACCUUCCAGUUACCAUGUUACAAUCAUGAAUUGCUGCCACGAACACGAUAGGUCAGUCGGUCAUUGGCCUACGGGGCUUGGUGCUGAUGCAAGCAUUUCAGAGUGUCAUAACCAUCUUGCACAAUUGUUCAAAGAUGCCAAUUUUAGAGACCAGGGAACUAAUCCAAGCGGUGUUGAACUGAAGGUCCAUAUACCACCGAAAGACGAACUGCCUUCGAGUAAGCCUCGGUCCAUUAAUGUAAUUGUAAAACCAUCGAAUACUUCCCAAGAGACAGCCAUCAAACAGCUCAGGGAUUCCAUCUCUGCAUUGACUGGUCUUGAAGAUCCAUCUCAUGAUUCUAUAAAGUUUCAUAUCACAUUGGCCUACAUCAAUGAAGAGCUAAAAGAUUCUGAAGUGGAGGAAUUGAACUCACACCUUGGAAAUUUACAUUGCAUUCUGGACAGAGAUUGUCCUGUUGUCCAGUUGGGAGAACCUGAAUUUGUUACCUUUGAAGACAUGUUCUAUUUCCACUUAGUGACAAAAUUGUAA